UAAGCAGCCGCGCAGUUGGGAAUUUCACUUUUCUGCGGGCAGUCAGAGAGUAGACGCCAAGAACACCGCAGCCAUGAAGGCCUUCAUUGCAAUCACGCUUUUUUCAGCUGCAUCACUGGCAUAUGGUGCACCUGGUGUAAAGGUGGACGUUGGAAGCAGUGGCAGUAGCCUUGGUGGUAGCAGUCUAGGACUAGGAAGCAGCCUUGGUGGUGGUCCCGGACUUGGUUCACUUGGCAGCAGUGUCAGUGGAGGAUUCCCAAGUUCCGGUUCAUCCAGCUUUGUAGGUGGUCCCUCGUCCGGUUCAUUCAGUUUCGGCGCUGGAGGAUCUGCUUCAGGAAGACAGGGUGCAGUCAGUGGAGUAGCCGGACGUCCAUCAUUUGGCGGACAGUUUGGCGGACAGUUUGCUCCUGGCUUCGGAGGCUAUGGUUACGGCCCCGCUUACUACUACCCAGGUGGCUACGGAUAUGGCUUCGAUGACUAUGGCCUUGGCGGCUUUUCCGACUUCGGUUACUGGCCCGGCGGUUACUGGCCCGGCAAUGGCCAGUACUUUUACGGUGGCUUCCCCGGUGGCUGGGGCGUCAACGGCGGAGCAAGUUCAAGCCAACGUAGCCUGCGCUCUGCACGCGCUGCACGCUCCAGCGCUGCUGGUUCGUCUUCUUCUUCCGGAUCUUCCUCUAGUUCCAGCAGCCAGUGAGCAGCGAAUGUUGUGAACGACGUAGGACCUAACACCAACGUGGCCUGAUCUGCCUGUCCCGGCUUUCUCAAGAAUUUCACCAGACGAAUCUAAAUUCUACUCAGAAGUAAUUUUGCGGUCUUCUGCGGUUAUUUGGGAAAGAAUAAACCAAACUGUCAUGCUGAAACCAAA